AUGCUUGAUGGCUUCUGGGUUGAAGUACAGGGCUCGGACGAGGAGAGGGGGAAACCGGGAAAGCAUGGGAUGGGCGCUGUCUGGUAUUUGUAUCUCUCCCACAGACAACUUCUCAUCCCAACCUCUGCACAAGGUUCACGGAGACCAGAUCGGCGCAACCACCUUCCCCCGCAAGUCAAGAACGGCAGCUCGAAGGCGUCUACCACAGCGUACGAGCAUCCAGAGGUAGAUCCACAAUGGGGCGACCCAUGGGGAAAGUCCAAACCUUUGAAACAAAUAACAUCCCCUCACGCGCGCGUGGUGUAUGUGAAUGGCACGACUGGGUACCAUGACAGUGGCGGCUCUCUCUUGAUUCCCGUGUCUAAUUGGGCUGCCGGUCGAAAGAGAUGUAACGAUGCUCCGCAAGGGCGCAUCUGGGUUGUGCGACAGUUGAGAUCUCCACUAGCAGUGGCUGUCAUUCGAAGUGAGUUCUGCGGACCAAAGCCCGGCGCCUUGGUAGUGCUCCUCUGUUUUGGGAGAAUUGGGCAGAGAUCGGCACAAUAUGAUACCGGCUGCUAG